GUCUGCAGCAUGGAGCAAGGAUUGGUUGUUACUCAGCUGGAUGUUGAGCCUGGUGAGUGCAUCAAGGUCAAAGGCAAGAUCCUGUCUGAUGCCAAAGGGUUUGCUGUCAAUGUAGGCAAGGACAGCAGCACGCUUAUGCUGCAUUUCAACCCUCGCUUCGAUUGCUACGGAGAUGUCAACACCAUUGUGUGCAAUUCCAAGGAGGAUGGCCUGUGGGGCGAGGAAGACAGGAAGGCUGAUUUUCCUUUCCAGCAAGGUGACAAGACAGAGAUUUGCAUUUCCUUCAAUGAAACCGAGGUAAUGGUGAAGCUCCCAGAGGCAGAAUUCGAGUUCCCUAAUCGACUGGGCAUGAAGAAAAUUGAAUACCUGGCCGUGGAGGGUGACUUCAAAGUCAAAGCCAUUAAAUUCAGCGAAGAGCUAUAACUUGGUUUGGUUUUGCUUCCUUUCCCCCUGCAUAGUGAAAUAAACCCAAACUUGCAAUGGC